GAGGGGCACUGGUGGAGACCGCCGAUCACGACGAUUUCGCGCGGGCGGCGACGGUGGCGGCGGCCCAAUCGGCGUGGCGGCGUGUGGGCGCUGGGCAGGACGAGGAGGGAGGCAGUUGAGGACCGCCAGGGCGUACGUCGGUGCUCCACCACAAGCGUGUCGAUCCGGGGGAGACGACGCGCGACGCGCGCGCGGCGAGGGCACGGCGAGGCCAGAGCGCGGCGCCUGCAUCCCCGCAGGUCCUGUCUUCUAGUUCUAGGUGGGCGGCACUUGUCGAGUCGUCAUCAGUGUACAUCAUCGAGAAGAGAAGCGCCGUCGUGGUGAUGGCGGGCGACGGAGAGGGAGCCGAGAGCUCCGCCGUCGGCGAGCGGCAGGGCGUGCCCUUCGCUCUGGGCGGCCCGGUGUUCGUCCCCUUCAUGGUGGGCCCCAUCUCCACCGUACCAGAGUUCAUGUCCUCCGCCCUCCAGGAGCUCCAGGCCUUGGAGGACGAAUUGGGAGACCCUGGCGACGAAUUUGACGAUGAGCUUUGUGUCGAUGAGCUCAAGGUGCUCUCUGAGGAGGAGCUGGUGGAGCGCGCCCUCCAGGAGGCUAUGGAGGACUCGGAUUCUGGCACUCAGCCACAAUUAGAGGAUCAAACACUUGAUGGAGGAAUGUUAGUGAAUCCAACACCUACAAAUGAGGCCCUCACACUAAGCCCAUCGGCUGAAAGAGAGAGCUCUGGAUUGCCUGUUGAAGAUGUGGCAGCCAUAUUAAAUGAACCACAAAGCAGCAAUAGCAAGCCCAGAGGCAAAAAGGCAAAAGCCAGAUGCAGAAAGGGGAAAACUGGAACCAUCACGCUAGAUUCUCCGGUUGAAGGAGAGAACCAUGGAUCAGCUAUUGACAUGUCAAUUGUACCAUUUGAACCAGAAGGUAGUGAGGGAAAUGGAACGAUGCCUUCAAAUCCACCAGCUGAAAAUGGUGCCUCUGAAUCACCUGUUGAUGGUAUGUCAAUUGUUCCACAUGAUUCAGAGGGAACUAAUGGGCAAACAACAUGUAGGAAGGGCAAAAAGAGAGGCAGACAUUUUGAUAGAGAGGUUCGAGCAGAGAUUUUACAAGGAAGCUAUCUUACUAAAGUAGAGAAGUGGGUACAAAUCAAGGCCAAGCAAGACGAAGACAAAUUUGCAGCAAGGCUGCAUUCUUUCAGUGGCAAUUCUGUGAAGCCCAAAGGUUCCAAGUCAUCAUCUGAGAAAAUUGAAACGGCGAGAUCUCUUAAACUAAUUGGUGCACCUUGGAAGAACAAAGCUUUAAGAUCUGACGAGCACAGACCUGUGGUCCAUCCAGAAGUAAUUCUUUGUGUUGAAGUUUAUCAGAAGACAUAUGCCUCCGUUAAGUCCCAGGAACUUCUUGUGCUGGGAAGCCAAUUCCUUACUGAUCUGAGGGACAACAUUUGUUGUUUGACUGAUAAGCUGAUGAAGGUGGCUGGGCAACACGAUCAUUCUGGGUAUUUCCUUAUCGAGGACACGUUCUACAAUGAUACAAGACAUUAUUCUGCUACUGAUUACAGUAAGCCUAUACUAGAUUGGCUUGAGAAUUCCAGUGAUGAGGUAGCAGAGAAGUGGGAUGCCAUAACAUCUGGUGUUUUGAAGAAACGGCAAAAGGACUUGCUGAGCGGUUUGAGUAUUUCUAACGUGCCUGAACUUAAAUCUGAAACAAUGCAAAUGACUCGUUUCUCUGACCUGCAUUUCCGGCCUGGUGCUGGGUACCUCUACUGCCAUCAGGGGAACUGCAAGCACACGAUCGUGAUAAGGGACAUGAGGUUGAUCCACCCAGAUGACACACACAACCAAGCUGAAUACCCUAUCCAGACAUUCCAGUUGCAGAAGCGCUUGCAGAAGUGCUCGGUCUGCCAGAUCUAUCUCGCGACGAAGGUGACGGUCGACGAUAAGUGGGCUCUGAAUAACCCCUGCUACUUCUGCAUCAAAUGCUACUACCUCCUUCAUUACAAGGAGGACAGCACACUGCUGUAUCCUCACACUGUAUAUGAUUUCAUCCAAGAGUAACGUUUCUCCUCCUUUUUUUUUCCCUUUUUGUGUGCGUGCGUGCGUGCGUGUGUGUCGGGAAACAGUCUAUAUUUUGUCCUAGAUUGUACAUUCUUCGCUGCAAGAAAACCAUGCGGGCUUUGUACGUUUUUCUGUGUUAUUAAAUGGCUAGAUGACUUGUAACUGGGUCAGAUUUCCAA